UGCGCAAAGCUGAAAAGGAGCUCGCGGUGCAGACAGGGCGCACUCCACAGCGUGCGCACACACACUGACAUCCAUCCAUACAUCCAGAGCAGACGGACGCAUCCUAUACGCUCCUAUCUAUCUGCUGUAUGGGAAAGGAAAUGGAGUUGAAAUAAGCGCACUACUUUACCUUAUGGACUGAAUGCAGUAUCACUGACUGUCGCUUUGGAUUUCUCAACUUUACGCGCAGACACUUGGAGAGAGAAAAAAUGUGGAGAUACACCAACUUGUUCGCCUGUCUGCUGGUUUUGUGCAAGGAUGCGUCUUCAAUGAGCAAGAUCUUUGGGGAGACCGAGCCUGUCCGGAUGACGUCAGAGGGCUCAGACUGCCGUUGUAAGUGCAUCAUGCGCCCGCUAAGCAAGGACGCCUGCGCGCGGCUGCGGAGUGGCAGCGUGCGCGUGGAGGACUUCUACACGGUGGAGACAGUCAGCUCCGGAUCCGACUGUAAGUGCUCGUGCACGGCCCCGCCGUCCUCCCUCAACCCCUGUGAGAACGAGUGGAAGAUGGAGAAGCUGAAGAAACAGGCCCCCGAGUUACUGAAGCUCCACUCUAUGGUGGACCUCCUGGAGGGAACACUUUACAGCAUGGAUCUAAUGAAGGUCCACUCCUACAUCAACAAGGUGAUGUCUCAGAUGAACACCCUGGAAGAGACAAUCAAGACAAAUCUUACGCGAGAGAAUGAGUUUGUUCGAGACAGCAUGGUGACCCUCACCAGCCAGUUUAAGAGAUAUGAGAACUACUCCAACAUUAUGAUGAGCAUCAAGAAGGAGAUCUCCAGCCUCAGCCUGCAGCUGCUACAGAAAGACUCGUCUGAGAGCAAAUCACAGGACACUAAUGAUGAGAAAACCAAGGAGGCUGUAAAAACACCCAACAAAAAGACCCCUGCAGCCAAACUCCCCAAACCGCCGAAAGAAAAGGUCGUAAAGCCUAAGAAAGAGGUCAAUAAACCUGGGAAGCCGGCCAAGCCUGACCCUACGGCCAAAGCCAAGGUGGUUGGCAACCAGCCUGGUGUGGUGAGGGGCAUCACGUACUACAAGGCUGCCAAGACCGACGAGGACGACCACAGAGGAGACCAUUCCAAAACGUACACAGUCCAUCACAUCACGGAAAACCAGUCAGAGGAUGGAGGAGCUGAAAUGGUCCUGGAAACCAUUGAGGCCACCGUGGCCGAACCCGUUGCCACCUCUGCCGUUCCCUCCACGACAACUACUACCACCACCGCCACCACCACAACUACCACCACUACUACACCCACUACUAUCACCACACAAAGUACACCAGCAUCGGAAAGACCAGCUCCGACCAUCGUGCUGGUGCUGGACAACUCCAACAACAACAGUCGGCCCUCUCUCCACAGAGCAGGGAAGAUCUUAAACUGUGAAGGGACUCUUGCAUCCAUUGACCAGCCAGAGAAGCAGCACAGUUAUGGGCGCAACGAGGGAGCCUGGAUGAAGGAUCCCCUGGCUAAAGACGGCAAGAUCUACGUCACUAACUAUUACUAUGGCAACAACUUGGUGGAGUUCCGCAACCUGGAAAACUUCAAGCAAGGCCGAUGGAGCAACCUCUUCAAACUGCCUUACAACUGGAUAGGCACAGGCCAUGUGGUUUAUAAUGGAGCCUUCUACUACAACAGAGCCUUCACCAAGAACAUCAUCAAGUAUGAUCUGAGGAUGCGAUACGUGGCGGCCUGGACACUGCUGCACGACGUGGUUUACGAGGACACCACCCCCUGGAAAUGGAGGGGCCACUCGGACAUUGACUUUGCAGUGGACGAAAGCGGCCUGUGGGUGAUCUACCCUUCGAUGGACUAUGACUACAACCAGCAGGAGGUGAUCAUCAUCAGUAAACUUGAUCCCGGAGACCUGUCGUUGAAAAAGGAAACGACCUGGAGGACGGGUCUCAAGCGGAACUCCUACGGAAACUGCUUCAUCAUCUGCGGUGUCUUGUACGCCGUCAAUGUGUACAACCAAAAGGAGGGCGAGGUGAACUAUGCUUAUGACACCCACACCAACACUGCAGCCAUCCCACGCCUGCCCUUCACCAAUGAGUACUCCUACACCACGCAGAUUGAUUACAACCCCAAGGAGAAGGUUUUGUACGCCUGGGACAAUGGCCAUCAGCUCUUAUAUCGGAUAAACUUUGUCGACCAGUGAGCACAGCUAGUUUGUGCUACAGCUCAGCUCACAGUAGGCCUGCCAGUAUGGCACCUCAAUAGAAAGAUGCUCAGUAUUUGACAGCCUAGAAGCAGCCAUAUUGGACUCAGGACAAAAGGACAAACCUACACCAGCCUUCCAGUAACAGUGCACGCUAUUCAAACACCUGACCUCACAGUGUACCAAACAUACGCCAUGCCUCGGGAUGUGACUGUACAACAUGUUAAUAGAAUGGACAGUGAACACUGAAAAUAAUCUCACAGGUUGAGUUAAAGCUCGUCGGGCAGAUCUUAGGAAAGCAAUAGAGAUUUCUUUAUAUGUUCAUCUAUGAAAUGUCAGCAGGCUGGCUAACUAGCAGAUGGAUAGAUAGCUAUAAAUGGUUAGUUUAAAAUAGGCAUAGCAUGUGUUACAUCAUGUGAAUGCACGACGGUGGAUUUUGUAUCCAAUUUCUUACAGUGGAGUCACGACCACUAUAGACGGGGGGGGAAUGGUUACAGCAACCAACAACUCUUUAAACGUACAAUAAUGGCCCUGAGUGUCGCAUUAACAGACACAUCUGCUAAUGAGACAAUAGUUUAAAAAGCUGCUACAAAGACGCAUGUUAAGAAGUGAAAUAAUCAAUCAUUGGGAAUAUAUCGUCCUGUGGAAAGGAGACACUUACAAUACUGUAUGUCAAGAAAUUGACCAUAGAGUAUGUGCAAAUUGGUUGGAUUUGACAGAAAAAGCUUUGCUCUUUGAGGGAGGUCUUAAAGAAUCCAAACAGCAACAACGAUUCUGCUGGGAGGACUAAUCUCCCCUGAAAUAAACACAUACAUGAACUUUAGAUGUUAGUGAAGUCAAUGGUACGAAACCUUGACACCUAAAUUUGGGCUGUUCAGCAGCAGCAAACCGUCUUGACAGUGCUGACCUUUGACGAGUCCUAAAUGGAGGAAGCUAUUUAACUUAUUACUAGCUGUGUUUCACCAUCCACUUUAAUUGAACCCUCCUCUGCCACAGUACACAGUCCUGCGAGUAGUCGCUAUGUCACCAAGCCUCUAUAACACUGCCGAUUUCAUGAGGACAUGUGGAUGAACUUCCCUGUGCCACUUUCAGGUGCGAUCGGGUCUUAACAGUGAAAAGCAUCAGAUUAUAUCCUCUUCAGCUGGUUGCCAAGGAGCUGAUGAAUGAGCCAUUGAUGGUGAAGCAUUAAUGGAACAGCUGAUCGGCAUUGAUGUGACUUCAGUGCCCUACCGUAAAACUGUGCUCUAUUUUUUCAGUCAAGAGUUUUCUUGAAGCUAGCAUCUAGUUGGAGGAAAUGCAGCAUAGGAAAUGUGCAUUUCAUUUCUAUACAGCCAGUGUUAUUUGGUUCCACCACCCAACAUUUAACUCAACCAAUGAGAUUAUUUCUAGCUCCAGAGUAGUUCUCCUUCUGAGAAAUGUUUGUUAAACUAAACUAUUGUUUCACUUGCCCAUCUACUCCAUCCUAUCACCAAGCACUUUGAUCACAAAUCUGCUUUGAUUAUUAUUCCGGCCUCACGAUGCUUCCUGUCUCUUCUUUGCCAUUGAUGUUGUUUUAAGGAAUGUGUUGAAUAUAAUAUGAACUCCAAAAACAAAACAAUGUACACAAAUUUCUAAGCUUAAGAUUUUUUUAUACAUAUUUACAUGAAUUCAUUUGACAAUAUGAUACAGCUUCUUUUUUUUCUAAUUUCCAUGCAUCUUGAUGAAUUUCUAUGUUGUUGUAUUAAAAUAUGCAGCUUUCAUCAUUGUUAAUAACAUUUGCGUAACCACUACAUUUGUUGUAGUGUUGUUGAGUAUUUGAACGUGUUCACCUCGAUGGAGAUUAACAACCGUGAUUAGUCAUGCUAAUACAAAAAGGUGUACUAUACCAUUAGCUGUGCCACCUACCCUAAUGGGCACCAUAAACCAUGAAUGUUUUUACGUUUGACAAUGACUGACAGUACUGUGUGAGGCCGUCACGUUCUCACUCCCAACUCGUCAAAUACAGUUUUAAAGUUAAAUACAGUUUUGCUAGUGUCAAUUUCGGCUUGUACAUGCAUACUCUUUUCAAAAUAAAUACAGGACACAACUUGGUUAGUUUAAGGCAACAAAAUUACUUGGUUACGUUUGAGAAAAGAUCACAGUUUGGGGUAAAAUAAGUAUGUUUGUUAUGUAGUUAAGUAGGCUACGUUACGUAAGCGAUGUAGUAACAUUACAUAACUUAAAAUAAGUCAAUGUUGACUUUUGGUUUGCGUUCUCCUUGGUGAAAGUUCUGUGUUUUUGGACCCAACCAUCUGCCCGAUCUGCUCCCUACGCAACCUUUAUCACUCUUCAUACUACGUAACCUCACUUCCUCCUUUACUCCCACCAUAACUACGGCCACAUAGAGCGUCAUAGAUUGACUCGUAUAGGGCCACUGACCAAGCUGCCGUAUUUGACGAGUUGGGAGUGAGAAUGGGGCUGGUGAGGCACAUAAUGGGAAUGGUAAGCUUUAACACACAUGAGGUAACUCUUGCAGCACUUAAUAGUGUUGAUUUGGUCUUGUUAAUGAUUCACAACCACAUUAUUUAGCCUGAAUUAUCAAGAGUGUUUUGUUAAGUUUAUUCAUAAUAAAAAAAAGGCAUGCUGAUUGCAAUAAAGUUAUUUGUUCAAUUGCAAGGUAUACCACUAUACAUAAAUGUCAUGAAAUGUAACUCAACACUUGAAACCAGCUGUGUGUGUGUCUGUGCUCCAUUAUAAACUCCAUUAUAAAAGUC